ACCAUCCCAGAGCAGACUUGGGGACACGCCCCACCAACAGAGCAUUCUGUUCUGGCCACUGCAGUUCCCAGGAUCUGCUCAGAUCUGCACUGCACCCAGGACUGGCUUUCAGGUGAGUGCAGGGGAAGGACGGAUGCCUCCCACUGGUGGGGUCACUGCUUCUUUGUCCUAACACCCACAAUCUCACAGGAUGAGAUGCUCAGGGCUGAUGGGGAUACUGUUCACGCUGGCCAGCCUGCUGCAGCUGGCUGUGACUCUGAGAAUUGCAGCCUUCAACAUCCGGACUUUUGGGGAGACUAAGAUGUCCAAUGCCACCCUCGUGAGCUAUAUCGUGGAAAUCCUGGGUCGCUAUGACAUCAUCGUUGUCCAAGAGGUCAGAGAUACCCACCUGGUGGCUGUUGGGAAACUACUAGAUGAACUCAAUCGGGAUCUACCUGACAGCUAUCACUAUGUGGUCAGCAAGCCGCUAGGCCGCAGCAGCUACAAGGAGCAGUACCUUUUCGUGUACAGGCCUGACCAGGUGUCUGUUGUGGACAGCUAUUAUUAUGACGAUGGCUGUGAGCCCUGUGGAAACGACACCUUCAGCCGAGAGCCAGCCAUCGUCAGGUUCUUUUCCCCAUAUACUGAGGUCAGAGAGUUUGCAAUCGUGCCCCUGCACGCAGCCCCAGGGGAUGCCGUGACUGAGAUCGAUGCCCUCUAUGAUGUCUACCUGGAUGUCCGGCAGAAGUGGGGCCUGGAGGACAUCAUGUUGAUGGGCGACUUCAAUGCUGGCUGCAGCUAUGUCACUUCCUCCCAAUGGUCUUCCAUACGCCUCCGGACAAGCCCCGAGUUCCAGUGGCUGAUUCCUGACAGUGCCGACACCACAGUCACAUCCACACACUGUGCUUAUGACAGGAUCGUGGUGGCUGGGGCUCUACUCCAGAGUGCUGUUGUGCCCAGCUCAGCGGCUCCCUUUGACUUCCAAGAAGCAUACGGGCUCACCAGCCAGCUGGCUGAAGCUAUCAGUGACCACUACCCAGUAGAAGUGACACUCAGGAAAACCUGAUCCAAGCAGCACAGCCAUACUGCCGCUUGUGGUGAGGACGACCCCAGCUGCACAGCAGAUGGCUUUGCAGCAUUCUCCUGUCUGAGGAUGGGGGAAUAU